AUGCGCCGAAAUGGGCUUCUGAGAUCGGAACCCAGUCACUUCAGAGCAGUUGUGAGGACCCACCCCGUCACUGGGGAGAAGGCGCUCUUUGUGAACCCGCAAUUUUACCACUGGGAGGAUGGUCAGCGUCGCCAUGUUGCGCGACUGACUCCACGGGCUGAGCCACCAUAUGAGACACUCUUUGAAGAGUAG